AUGUAUCAUCGUCGCUCAACAAACCAUCUCACAUUGCUGGCACCGAGUUUUUCCGGCGUCAAUCACCAUCUCGUUAAAUUUGGUUCUUAUACCCAUCGUGGCUCACUCUCCUUCACCAUCCUGGCUCCUUGCUUGGAAUUAGCCGAAGGUUUACUUCUUGUCGAUCUGCUCCGCUUGUGCGCCUCCUCCGGGUUUCAUCGCUGCUCAUUUAUCAAUCCACAUGAAGCUCAGAAAACAGCCACCGCCGUCGCUCUAGAACCACCAAAUGUUUAUUCCGGCGUUACCCCGAGCAGUCGAAACCCUACUGUAAAAGGUCCAAUUCCAAUUCUCUGUGUUUACAAUAAUAUGGGCCUGGUCAAAGAUUAUCUGUUAGAAAAGUUCUUCUCCGUGAGCAACUCGUCUCCGGUGAAGACAAAUCGGCUGGCCGGAUCUUCAAUCUCCUCCUCGGCCGAGAUCUGUCUCGUAGCCGAGGUUGAAUCCAUCAAUACCCUAGCCAUCUCGCUUAACCGGCCCCUCUUCAUCCUCCCCAUGAACUCGCCUUCUGCUCCGGCGAAGAUGAAACCCUACCCGCCGCCCUCCCUUCGCGAUUCAUCCCCCUCCGUAGUCAAAUCGUUCCCUCUGAACGGGAAACAAACCAGAAGAUCCAGCGAGGGUCGGAGCAGGGUCCGCCAAGAAGAUCGACCGGAUCUCUCGCACACCGCCAUCGCCGGAAUCAGUCACGGAGGCCGUCGUUAUCCUCUCCACUCCAACGAGACAAAAAAUCAAAAAAUCGGGCUUGGGCCAUUUGGAGUGAUAACAAUUAGGCUUGGCCCAUUGGGAAUUUUGGAGCCCUUAGCCCACUAG